AUGAGAAUUGGUCCCUGCCCAGGUCAGAGGAACAGAGAUCGGUGGCCUGGAUGCGGGGCACUGCCUGCUGGGCUGAUUCUGUCGACGCUGGGCCCUCUCUUUCUUCUUUCGCAGACCGGUGAGUUGUUCCUGAUGCCUGUUCCAGAUCUACGGUUAGUCAGCGGGCGCAGCCGGUGCCAGGGGCGUGUGGAGAUCUUCUACAACAAUACCUGGGGCACGGUGUGUGACGACGACUGGGACAUUGUGGACGCCAACGUGGUGUGUCGCCAGCUGGGCUGCGGCCACGCCUUAGCCAUGCCGCCCACCCUCUUCUUUGGCCGGGGUCGGGGGCCCAUAUUCCUCGAUAACGUGGACUGCAAAGGGAGGGAAACGGCCCUCAGCGAGUGCGGCAGCCGCGGGUGGGGCAUCCACAAUUGCUACCACUAUGAGGACGUGGCUGUCACAUGUAACGAGCUGUUGCCUACCCAAGCCGCAAGAGGCCCGACUAGCAAAGCAGCCACAAUCUCGCUGCAAAAUGGAGAAAGAGACGGGAGCAUCCGGUUGGUGAGGGGAGCCAAUUCCUGCCAAGGCCGCGUAGAGAUCUUUUACAAAGGCAACUGGGGCACGGUUUGUGACGACGACUGGGGGAUGAGCGACGCCGGCGUGGUGUGCAGGCAGAUGGGUUGCGGCCAUGCCGUGGACUACAAGACCAACGCUUACUUUGGCUACGGAACAGGCCACAUCCUCCUGGACAACAUGAACUGUGAGGGAAGCGAGCCCCACCUCUCGGCUUGUUACAGCCUCGGCUGGGGCAUCCACAACUGUGGCCAUCAUGAGGACGCCGGGGUCAUCUGCUCAGGACGCGGGUUGACGACAGUCAUGCCGGUCACCACCUCGUUGGCUCCAAGCUAUGAAGACGCAUUCACCGACACAGCCGUGGUCACAGAGAUCCAUGAUCAGCCCUCUCCCGAGACUGAAAUGCUGACCACUGGCCUUCUCCUGCUGGAAAAAACAAGUGGUGGCCUCCGACUGGCAAACGGAAACAGCAGCUGUCGGGGCAGGGUGGAAGUCUUGUACGGGGACACCUGGGGGACCGUUUGUGACGACGACUGGGAUUUCCCCAACGCCCAGGUGGUCUGCCGGCAGGUGGGCUGUGGCUCAGCCCUGGUGGCCACCGUGCUGGGGUACUUUGGCUACGGCACCGGACCCAUCCUUCUGGACAACGUGGAUUGUUCGGGCAGAGAAACCGACUUGGCCGAGUGCUUCAACCUGGGCUGGGGGCAACAUAACUGCGGCCACCAUGAAGACGCCGGCGUCAUCUGCAGAAGUGCCGAAGAAUCUGAUGAGCAUUUCCAAGAAGACGGGUUUGCCACCACCACCGCGACCACGACUCGUCCCAAGGAUGGUUUCCUUCGCCUCGUCAACGGGAGCCACCGCUGCGAAGGCCGGGUGGAGAUGUUCUACCUGUCGCAGUGGGGGACGGUGUGCGACGAUGCCUGGGACCUCAAGGACGUGAAGGUGGUGUGUCGGCAGCUGGGCUGUGGGGGUGCCCUGGCCGCCUGGGGGGAAGCGUGGUACGGCCAGGGUGUGGGCUACAUUUUCCUUGACAACCUCAAGUGCAAAGGCGACGAGGCAUCCCUCCUGCGCUGCUCCCACAUCCGCUGGAACGUGCACAACUGCGACCACUCGGAAGAUGCCGGCGCCCUCUGCCACCUGCUAUGA